AAGACUUUGUGAGCCCACUGGCCCCUGAAAAAGUGAGCCAUAUUCUCUGCAUUUCUAUGACUCUGCUGCUGGCUCAGGGGUUUAGACAAAAGGACCAGUCUUUAGAGCAGGUAUAAAAGGAAAGGGUUAAACAGGGAAAGGUACAGUUCGAACCAAGUCUAACAGCAGCAACAGCAGCAGCAACAGCAGCAGCAACCAACUGACCAACAAGAUGACUUCCACUGGAAUGAACAUGAUGAGCAGGAUUGUCUUCUUCGAGGAGAGGAACUUCCAGGGUCGCUCUUAUGAGUGCAGCAGCGACUGCCCCGACAUGUCCUCCUACCUGAACAGGUGCCACUCCUGCAGGGUGGAGAGAGGCUGCUUCAUUGUGUACGACCGCACCAACUUCAUGGGUAACCAGCACUUCAUGAGGAGGGGCGAGUACGCCGACUACAUGAGCAUGAUGGGCAUGAGCGACUGCAUCAGGUCCUGCCGUAUGAUCCCCAUGCAGCACAGGGGAUCCUUCAGGAUGAGGAUCUACGAGAGGGAGAACUUCGGCGGUCAGAUGCACGAGGUGAUGGAGGACUGUGACAACAUCAUGGACCGUUACCGCAUGUCCCAGUGCAUGUCUUCCAACGUGAUGGAGGGUCACUGGCUGAUGUACGAGCAGCCCAACUUCAGAGGCAGGAUGAUCUACAUGAGGCCCGGCGAGUACAGGAACUUCAUGAACAUGGGCAGCAGCAGCGUUAGGUUCAUGAGCAUCAAGCGUAUCACCGACUCUUGCCAGUAAACUCCUUACAAUGAAUAAAA